GCCGGUGCGGGCCCUUUAAGAGCAGCACGACCCGGGAGCAGGAGCUUGCAGGACAGCGCAGUCGCCCCGCGGGCUCCGGAGGACACCGCGCCGAGGACCAGGCUCAGGGAAUUGGGUGUGCGCAGCCGAGCAGAGUCGGGGCGCGUCCCCAGCCGCUCCUCCCCAACCUUGUUAUCUCUUCUGAUCCGCGGCCCGGGGCCUCCCCUGGCACCCGCCCCUCCCCGGCCCCGCCCCGGCUCGCGCCGCCGGGACUGGGAGCCGGGACCGGUGCCGCAGCCCGAGGCAGGUAAGAAGAGCCGGGAGUCGCCAGCUCCGGCCCGUGGCAGCGCCAAGCAUCUCGGCCCCGCACUGGCCCAGGGGCGCGUCAAGGCCGGUAGAGUGAUGGCGGAGAAGGCGCUGGACGCCGUGGGCUGUGGAUUAGGACCGGGGUCUGUGGCCAUGGCUGUGGCGCUGGAAGACGGGGCGGAGCCCCCGGUGCUGACCACGCACCUAAAGAAGGUGGAAAACCACAUCACUGAAGCCCAGCGCUUCUCUCACCUACCCAAGCGCUCAGCGGUGGACAUCGAGUUCGUGGAGUUGUCCUAUUCCGUGCGGGAAGGGCCCUGCUGGCGCAAACGGGGUUAUAAGACACUCCUCAAGUGCCUAUCUGGCAAAUUCUGCCGCCGGGAGCUGAUCGGCAUCAUGGGCCCGUCAGGAGCUGGCAAGUCCACAUUCAUGAACAUCUUGGCAGGAUACAGGGAAACCGGCAUGAAGGGGCAGAUCCUAGUCAACGGGAGGCCGCGGGAGCUGAGGACCUUCCGCAAGAUGUCCUGUUACAUCAUGCAGGACGACAUGCUGCUGCCACACCUGACGGUGCUGGAAGCCAUGAUGGUCUCUGCUAAUCUGAAGCUGAGUGAGAAGCAAGAGGUGAAGAAGGAGCUGGUGACGGAGAUCCUGACGGCAUUGGGCCUGAUGUCCUGCUCCCACACGAGGACAGCCCUGCUCUCUGGUGGGCAGAGGAAGCGCCUGGCCAUCGCCCUGGAGCUGGUCAACAACCCACCUGUGAUGUUCUUUGAUGAGCCCACCAGUGGUCUGGACAGUGCCUCCUGUUUCCAAGUGGUGUCCCUCAUGAAGUCCCUGGCCCAGGGGGGCCGUACCAUCAUCUGCACCAUCCACCAGCCCAGCGCCAAGCUCUUUGAGAUGUUUGACAAGCUCUACAUCCUGAGCCAGGGACAGUGCAUCUUCAAGGGCAUGGUCACCAACCUGAUCCCCUACCUGAAGGGGCUGGGCUUACACUGCCCCACCUACCACAACCCGGCUGACUUCAUCAUUGAGGUGGCCUCUGGGGAGUAUGGAGACCUGAACCCCAUGCUGUUCAGGGCUGUGCAGAACGGGCUCUGUGCCAUGGCCGAGAAGAAAAGCAGCCCUGAGAAGAACGAGGCCCCUGCGCCCUGCCCCCCUUGCCCUCUGGAAGUGGAUCCCAUUGAAAGUCACACCUUUGCCACCAGCACCCUCACGCAGUUCUGCAUCCUCUUCAAGAGGACCUUCUUGUCCAUCCUUAGGGACACGGUCCUGACCCACCUGCGGUUCAUGUCCCACGUGCUGAUCGGCGUACUGAUCGGCCUCCUCUACCUGCACAUUGGCAAUGAUGCCAGCAAGGUCUUCAACAACACCGGCUGCCUCUUCUUCUCCAUGCUCUUCCUCAUGUUUGCCGCCCUCAUGCCCACCGUGCUCACCUUCCCCCUAGAGAUGGCAGUUUUCAUGAGGGAGCACCUCAACUACUGGUACAGCCUCAAAGCAUAUUACCUGGCCAAGACCAUGGCUGACGUGCCCUUUCAGGUGGUGUGCCCGGUGGUGUACUGCAGCAUUGUGUACUGGAUGACAGGCCAGCCAGCGGAGACCAGCCGCUUCCUGCUCUUCUCAGCCCUGGCCACCGCCACCGCCUUGGUGGCCCAGUCUUUGGGGCUGCUGAUCGGAGCUGCCUCUAACUCCUUGCAGGUGGCCACCUUCGUGGGCCCAGUUACCGCCAUCCCUGUCCUCUUGUUCUCGGGCUUCUUUGUCAGCUUCAAGACCAUCCCCACUUACCUGCAAUGGAGUUCCUACCUCUCCUAUGUCAGGUACGGCUUUGAGGGUGUGAUCCUGACAAUCUAUGGCAUGGAGCGAGGAGACCUCACAUGCUUAGAGGAACGGUGCCCGUUCCGGGAGCCACAGAGUAUCCUCCGGGCACUGGAUGUGGAGGACGCCAAGCUCUACAUGGACUUCCUGGUCUUGGGCAUCUUCUUCCUGGCCCUGCGGCUGCUGGCCUACUUCGUGCUCCGUUACCGGGUCAAGUCGGAGAGAUAGAGCCUCGCCCCUGGCCUGUGCCCAGCCCCCCUGGCUGGAAGCCCCCAGCCCCAGUCCUUCAGGACUGUUUUAACCUUGUAGACUUGGGCACUGGUUGCUGGUGCAGCCGCCCUCCCCUCCCUCAGCAAAUCCACAGACUGGUGGGUGGAUUGCGCUCCCAGCUCUGGCCCUGGGGGUGAGGACUUCAGCCCCCCAACACCUGCCCAGGGGUCUUCCCAAUUGACGCGGUUCGUAGCUUCCUCCCUACUCUGACCAACACCUGCAUGCAAAGACCACUGGGAGGCUGCUGCCCCCGCCCCCCUCCUGCCGUGGGUAUCCUCCUCUGUUGUCUGCCUGGGAGCCCGAGGCUCUCCAGGCCCCCACAUACAACUGACCAAAGUGGCCUCCUCUGGGGUCCCCCACCACAAAGUGUUUGUAAACUGGGCUGCUAUAAGGUUGGGGUUCCAGGGCUGGCCCCUGAUGUGGUCCCCUGGAAGUCCCAUUACAGAUGUUGGAAUGGAACAGGGAAGGACUCUGGAAGUCUCUCCCUCCUCCUCCCCAUCUCCCCCACUGCUGGGACAGAAGCUGGGUUUUCUGUCUGAGCCCCCUCCUCCCGGUCCUGGGGACUGGAGAGGCCUGGGGUCCUGGGAUGCCCCUGUCCCCUCUGCCCCAUCACCUCUGGUGGCAGGUAAAGCCUGGUGGCACCUCUGCAAUAAUGUCUGUGUCUCUCUCCCACCUGCCCCUGGAACCAGAGAAUGCACUUUAUUCUGGGGAGUGAGUGGGGAAAGACCCAACCCUCCUCUCUUGCUGCUCCUGAUGCACGGUCCCGCAAUGCACCCUCCCCACUCGGGAGUUACAGGCACAUACAUGAAAGAAGGCAAUCUCAGCACUACACACAGUCACCAACACCUGCAGCUCAGCGGAAGAGUAAUGGGGCAAGGCGGGGGUGGGGCGAGGGUGCUACAGGGAGGGCAGUGUCAACCUCCUCCUGGGGGACCCACUUUGGAUAUUCUAAGGAUGAAGCUGGUGCUGUUUGGGGUGUCUCCAGUAUCUGCAGGUGUCUCCUCUCCACCUCCCCCCACCCUAGUAUUCCCUUCCUUCCAAGGCAGGGGUGGCACAGGGCACUAGUUCCCUGGAGUUUAAGACCCAACACAAGCACAGGCACGGGCAUAAGUUGACUUUGGCCAUUGCCACCCCAUGGGCCUCCUCUCACGCACCAGGCUGGCAUCCCCACUCCCCCACCCCUUCCCCAGCCUCUUUGUUGCUUUUCCAAACUCCUGUCCCUUUCUCAUCAGCCGAGGUGGCCUCUGGGCAUCAGAGGAGCAUGCCCUGGGCACCAGGGUGGCAGACACACCUAAAGCAUGUCUGGCUUUCCUGGUGGGGUGCAGGCUCAUUCUACUUCUGAGUGUCCCCUCUCCCAGAGCUCUUUUUUCACUUUAUUCCUGUACAUAUCCCCCUUCCCUCACCCUGCCACGGAUCCCUCCAUCACACAGAGAUGCCAGUUGUAUUUGUGGGAUAUCAUCCAUUAUUAAU